AUGCCGUCGCCGGACGCGGCGGCGAGGCACACGGGCGCCGGCGUGGCGCGUCGGCAGGCCCACCACGAGCGGAUGCGCGACGAGCGCGCUCGGGAAGCGGCCGCGGGCGAGGCGGAGCUUCCGCCGGAGGACGACGCGGUCGAGAUGGCGAGCGCCGUCCACGUGCUGGACAGCGUGGGGGAGGUGGGCCCGAACUACACCCUGCUGCGCAGCAAGGAGACGAAGGCGAAGCGGCGGAAGCGAAAGCGCGAGGAUGCCAGGGCGGCGCUCGACGGCCACACUGUCCUGUCCACCGGAUCGCGCCUCGAGAUCUUCUGCGACAGCUACCUGGGAAAACCCGGAGUGUUUGAUUGUUCUGGGGGGCUAUACCAGUAA